AUGCCGCCGCCGUCUUGGAUUGCCUAUUCCAAUAGUGGAAUCAACAAGAUCACGAUGGCCGUUAAGUUCGACGAGGCGGCCAAAUACCAGCAAGCAUUCGACCACUACAUGGAUGGGUGCGAGGACCUGAUGAAGGCAGUCAAGGAAGAGGUCACCCCCGAAGGAACCCGCGCCGCGUUGCGUCAAAAGAUGGCCGAGUAUCUGCUGCGAGUCGAGAAACUGGACGCGCAUCUCAAGGCAGAGAAGGCAAAGAAGGAAGGAGCAAACGGACAAUCCAACAACGCCAUCGCAAGCAAUGGACAAGACGAUGACAGCAAGAAGUUGCGAAAUGCGCUCGAGGGCGUGGUUCUUCAGGAGAGGCCCAACGUGAAAUGGGAGGACGUCGCGGGUCUCGAGGCUGCCAAGGAAUCGUUGAAGGAGGCGGUUCUUCUACCAAUAAAGUUUCCGCAAUUCUUCUCAGGCAAGAGGAAGCCGUGGAGGGGUAUUCUCUUGUAUGGACCGCCGGGUACGGGUAAGAGUUAUUUGGCAAAGGCGGUUGCCACCGAGGCCAAGAGCACGUUUUUCAGCGUGAGCAGUUCGGAUCUUGUGAGCAAGUGGAUGGGAGAGAGUGAAAGACUAGUCAAGCAGCUCUUCGCCAUGGCCCGAGAGAACAAACCAUCCAUCAUCUUCAUCGACGAGGUAGACGCCCUCUGCGGAGCCCGUGGCGAGGGCGAGUCGGAAGCGAGCAGGCGAAUCAAGACCGAGAUGCUGGUGCAGAUGGACGGUGUCGGCAAGGACAGUGAAGGUGUCCUCGUCCUGGGAGCGACAAACAUACCGUGGCAGCUCGACUCGGCCAUCCGUAGACGUUUCCAGCGCCGUGUCCACAUCAGCCUCCCCGAUCUCGCAGCAAGGACCACCAUGUUCAAGCUCGCCGUCGGCACAACUCCAUCGAGCCUGACCAACGAAGACUACAGAGAGCUCGCAAAGCUAGCUGAGGGGUACUCUGGCAGUGAUAUUUCCAACGUGGUAAAUGACGCCCUGAUGGAACCGGUGAGGAAGAUGCAGAUGGCGACACACUUCAAAAAGGUAUACUAUUUUGGGCUCUAUUCUUCUGGGGCGCAAUUCCUUACUCCCAAAAACAAAAUCUCUCUACAAAAACUGACAACCAUGGCCCUCCAGGUCAUGCACGAUGAUGUCGAAAAAUACACCGCCUGCUCACCAGGCGAUCCAGAGGCGAUAGAAAUGACUCUAUGGCAGUUGGAGGGAAAACAACUGGUCGAGCCCCUCGUCACGUACAAGGACAUGGAGAGAGCCAUCAAGGGGACACGACCCACCGUUUCCCAGGACGACCUGAAGAAGAAUGCAGAAUGGACAGAGGAGUUUGGCAGUGAAGGUGCAUGA